AUGCCAAAGAAUGUCUGUUAUAACACCAUUGAAGAAUUAAAGACUGCAGCACAGAACCCAUCUUCCAAGUCUCGGCAUGAAGUUCUUCAGUGUGGAAACAUUGAAAAACUGAUCAAGAAACGCAAGAGUGUAGAUGAAUCAAAAGUCUACUCAGUGACCAUUGAGAAUACUUAUGACAUCAUCAAGAGGGCACACAUAGGGUAUGAUGGACGUGACAGAAUAAAGUGCAAUCUUGAGGCAAAGUAUGCUAACAUCACAAAAGAAGCUCUUGAAUUAUUCAAAUCACAUUGCAUCAUAUGCCAUGAAAAGAGGAAGCGAAAUAAAACUGCUAGGGUUGUUGUGCAGCCCCUAUUGAGCAGUGAAUUCAACUCCCGUUGCCAAGUUGACCUUCUGGAUAUGCAGUCAUUGCCUCAGGCUCAGUUCAAGUGGAUCAUGGUCUACCAUUGCCACCUCACCAAGUUUGACAUACUUCGAGCACUUACAUCAAAGAGAGCUGCUGAAGAUGCCUUUCAACUGCUUGACAUAUUCCUUCUGUUUGGAGCUCCUGCCAUACUGCAAAGUGACAAUGGUUCUGAAUUCACAGCCAAAGUUAUCUCAGAGUUGAAAGAACUUUGGCCACAACUCAUCAUGGUCUGUGGUAAACCAAGGCAUCCACAAAGCCAGGGUUCAGUAGAACGAGCCAAUGGUGACAUCAAGGACAUGUUGCAUGCAUGGAUUAUGGCAGACAACAAGACACAGGAUUGCUCUGUUUUGCCUGCGUUUUGUUCAACACCAAAAGAACUCUGCUCAUCAUUCUGGGUGGGUCUGGCAUCAUCAAGUCUUCCUCUAGAGGUCCUUGAAAUAUUACAGUCAGAAGAUGACUUGCUCGCCCUCUUUGCUGACCCUUCAGAAAGUGAAGUUCUUGUUCAAGAUCCCCAGCCUCCACCAGCAUCUGCAGCAUUGCUCCCACCUCUACACCUGCUCAAGACUGCCCGACCCCGCCAGCAUCUGCAGAAGCUUCCACCUUUCAGCCAACACCUGCUCAAGAUCCCCAGCCCCCACCAGCAUCUGCAGCACUAG